CGUCGGACAAUUGCUGUCCAAACAAACAAACAAAAAAACCCUUGCUGUCCUUCCUGCGUGCCGCUCCUGCCACUCAAAGAAGACAGGUGGACGGCUGCUGUUGAAUUUUUCACGUGGGUGAUUCAGCAGAGCCGGCAUAUACCAUUUCUAUACCCGCGUCCUCCCUGUCCAGCUCCUCAAAACUCCCGUCCGUUCUCUCAAACAUCUUGUCUCGUCAUCAGAAGCAGCACACGCCCGCCCAAAUUUCGCAUACCGCCUGCGUUUGUGCGAGUAAAUCGAAUCUGUUCUUGUUCAAGGGCCCUGCCCUUUUCGUCUGUGAAUUCAUUUGUAUCGAGCCCCCCGGAGGAGGUUCGAUCUCUGGCAGCAAAAUCUGAUGCCAGAGAUCGAACAACAACAACAUCAUCAACGACAUCUUCAUCAUGAGGACGCCCUCUUUGGCAAGUACGAGGUCGGGAGGCUUCUGGGUUGCGGCGCUUUCGCCAAGGUGUACCACGCGCGGAACCUGCAGACCGGGCAGAGCGUGGCGCUCAAGGUCAUCCACAAGAAGAAGCUCUCCGCCUCCAACUCCGCCACCCUAAUGUCCAACAUCAAGCGCGAGAUCUCCAUCCUCCGCCGCCUCCGCCACCCGUACAUCGUCUCCUGCUUCGAGGUCCUCGCCACCCGCACCAAGAUCUACGUCGUCCUGGAGUUCGCCAAGGGGGGCGAGCUCUUCUCCAAGGUCUCCAAGGGCCGCCUCUCCGAGGACCUCGCCCGCCGCUACUUCCAGCAGCUGAUCUCCGCCGUCGGCUACUGCCACGCCCGCGGCGUCUUCCACCGCGACCUCAAGCCCGAGAACCUCCUCCUCGACGACAACGGCGACCUCAAGGUGUCCGACUUCGGCCUCAGCGCCGUCACCGACCAGAUCCGGUCCGACGGCCUCCUCCACACGCUCUGCGGCACCCCCGCCUACGUGGCUCCGGAGAUCCUGGGGAAGAAGGGCUACGACGGCGCCAAGGUGGACGUGUGGUCGUGCGGGGUCAUCCUGUUCGUGAUGACCGCCGGGUACCUGCCGUUCAACGACCCGAACCUGAUGGCCAUGUACAGGAAGAUCUACAAGGGCGAGUUCCGAUGCCCCAAGUGGAUGACGGCCGACCUGAAGCGCUUCCUCCGCCGCCUCCUGGACACCAACCCGGACACCAGGAUCACCGUCCACGAGAUCCUCAAGGACCCCUGGUUCAGGAAAGGCUACAAGGAGAUCGACCUGUUCGCGGAGGCCUCCGGCAGCAAACCGGACGGUAAUAAGGGGAUGGAGGUGCAAGGGGACAGCAAGAGCGAGCUGAACGCGUUCGACAUAAUAUCCUUCUCGUCCGGGCUAAACUUGUCGGGAUUGUUCGACGACGCGUAUGACGCGUUGGAAGACAGGGAGAGGUUCGUGUCGGAGGAGUCGCCGGAGGAGCUGAUGGAGAGAGUGGAGGGAUUCGCAAAGGAAGAGAAUCUGAGGGCGAGGAGGAAGAAGGAAUGGGGGCUGGAAGUGGAGGGGAGAGAGGGCAAUCUGGUGAUGGAGGCGGAGGUGAACAGGUUGACGGAGAAGUUGGUGGUGAUGGAUGUGAGACGAGGAGGGGGAGAUGCUGGUGUUUACAGGGAGAUGUGGAAGACCAAGCUCAGGCCUCGCCUCAUUCACAGCUGAAAUCGAUGCCGCGUUCCGUCCGACAUUAAGACUUGAAUUUCCGGGCCGGCCAAGGUGAGCAGGCUCGGGAUGUGGUGCUUGGGGUUUUGCAGUUUGCAGAAAUGAAUUUGCCAUUGUCAAUUUGUUGUGGACCUCUACUAGUUCGCAUACACAUUAAUGAAAAUAAAAAGCUUUUCGGCGCA